CUCCCCCCGCAUCUGACAGUCCUCUCGGGAGCUGUGCCCCCCCUCCACCAUCUGCUCACGUGAUUCCCACAAUCCUCCUCAGCAUCACGGCAGCCAUCUUGGUCAACACCCUCCCAUUUGCAGCGCAUGCAGCCAAUCCGGUGAAUGCCAGCAGCUGGGCUGUGAGGGAGGGACUGAGAGAGAGAAAAGAGACAUCUCUGAUUAUAGCUGCGCUGAGGCUCACACGGCAUCUCAAACCCCUGGCUGUGCUGAGCCAGAGAGCACUGAAGCCUUUAUUCACACGGAGGAUUUUAGCGGUCACUGCUUAUUCACAAGGCACGGACAUUGAGCCCCAGGAGAAUAGCAUCCCUUCAGUCAGGUUUGCCCUGGACUGCUUGUUUGUUUCCCCCCUUCCUUCCUCCCUUCUUUGUUUCCCUUGACUCUCUCUUUCCUUCUUUCUUUGUGCUGGAGAAGAUUCUUGCUUGGAUUGGUUUAAAAACAAAAAUCGUCAUUAUUGCUAUUCACUGCUCCUGACUCUUCCCUGAAGGCCACCAUCGUAAGCAUUGUUGUUGUCGUCGCAGCAGCUAUCAGCUGAGUCACCAUGUCUGAUCUGACGCCCCAGAGCGAGGCCCCCACCCCCACUACUGACAAGAUCACACAGGCUGCUAGAGAGACCAUCUACCUAUGUAACUUCCGCGUGUCGGUGGAUGGCGAAUGGCUGUGCCUGCGCGAGCUCAACGACAUCUCGCUAACGCCAGAUCCCGAGCCAGCUCAUGAAGAUCCCAAGGACCCCAUUGCCAUCGAGAGGCUUAACCUGAUGAAUAUGGCCAAGCUGAGCAUCAAGGGCUUGAUCGAGUCUGCACUGAACCUGGGCCGCACACUGGACUCCGACUAUGCCCCACUGCAGCAGUUUUUUGUCGUGAUGGAGCACUGCCUGAAACAUGGGCUGAAAAGUAAGAAGACUUUCCUUGGUCAAAAUAAGUCUUUUUGGGGUCCUUUGGAGCUUGUGGAAAAGUUGACUCCAGAGGCUGGUGAGAUCACAGCCAGCGUCAAAGACCUUCCUGGGCUCAAAACCCCUUUAGGAAGAGGCAGAGCCUGGCUUCGUCUGGCUUUGAUGCAAAAGAAGCUCUCAGACUACAUGAAGACCAUCAUCAACCGAAAGGACCUUCUCAGUGAAUUCUAUGAGCCCAAUGCUCUUAUGAUGGAGGAGGAAGGAGCUGUGAUCGCUGGGCUGUUAGUGGGCCUGAAUGUCAUUGAUGCUAAUUUGUGCAUGAAGGGAGAAGAUUUAGACUCACAGGUUGGAGUCAUAGAUUUUUCAAUGUAUCUGAAAGACGGUGCGCACGGCAGCAAAAGCACAGAGGGUGAUGGGCAAAUCACAGCUAUUCUUGACCAGAAGAAUUAUGUUGAGGAGCUGAACAGACAUUUAAGUGCGUCGGUGAAUAACUUGCAAGCCAAAGUGGAUGCGCUGGAAAAAUCCAACACAAAACUCACAGAGGAGCUUGCUGUGGCAAACAACAGGAUCAUCACUCUGCAGGAGGAGCUGGAGAGGGUGAAGGAGGAAGACUCUUACUUAGUGGAGACUGGUCGCAAGGCACCUAGGGCAGAUGGUACUGCAAACGGUCAAGUGCUUGGGGAAACUCGCAAACAGCUCAAAGAGGAAACUCAGCUCAGACUGGAUGUCGAGAAGGAGCUGGAGGUGCAGAUAGGGAUGAAGCAAGAGAUGGAGCUGUCCAUGAAGAUGCUAGAGAAGGACAUCUGUGAAAAACACGAUGCUUUGGUGGAGCUCCGACAGCAGUUAGAUGAAAUGCGUGUACUCAACCAUGAGCUCUCCGUUAAGUCACAGAGCUCAGAGGCCAGCGGGAAACAGAAGAGUGACAUCAUCAGCCGCUUGGAGGAGAAAACAAACCAGAUGGGGAGCACUAUUAAACAGCUGGAGAGCAGAUGUAAGAAGGCGGAGCGAGAGCGGGACCUGGCUGAUGAGGCCAACCGACUCUUCAAGCAGGAGUUUGGAGACAAGAUUGGGAGUCUGCAGGAAGAGGUGGAGCAGUUACGGAAACAGAGAUUGCUUUUGGAACAGGAGCUCAGGAAAUGGAGGGAGCAGCAUCCUGGAGGACACAUGUCUGAAGCUCUUCUAGGAAACACGCCGCCUCAGAGAGACAUGAGACAACAUGUGGAGGACAUUAGAAGGGAGUUAGAGUCUGUCAAAAAAGAAAACGAUAUAUUGCGUACUGCACUUGAGGAAAAGUCAAGUCUAAGUUCCAGUUUUGAGGUUAUGUGAGAACUGCAUGGCAAAUGAACUCCCUCUGCCCUCCUCCAUCAACCCUGAACACCUGUGAUGCCUGCUACGCUCAGUUAAUGCAGCAGUACGCAUCCUCCCCACCCUGAGGGGGCGCUCAUCUCUGCUAUUCUGGCAGUAGAUUCAACGGGUUAUCUUAGAUCAGCAUUUCAGUUUAGUAACAUAUCUGUUAUUUUGCUAGUGUACAACAUUUGCCAAAAAGGGAUGAUUUUUACAAGUUCUUUGUUGAAAAAGUUUUUCUCAAUGUCAUAUAAUUCUUGAGGAUGAGUGAAGCUGUCCACCAAGUGGAUUUAUGAGGUUCUAGUACUUAACUGUAUCAGUGCCAUUCAAUAUUGCAAGCAGAAAGAUACCAUGAGUCCAUUAAGAUAGCAUUAAUAACAUAAGUCAUCUUUUAAAUAAUAUAUAUAUAUAUAUAUAUUAAAAGACUGUAGACAGGAUUGUGUCAGCUUUUUGAAAAUUAUGGCACUAAACAAGGCACAUACACUAAAAUUUUAAACAUUUGAGUCAUAAUUCAUAAAUGAUGCAAAAAAAAAAAAAGAUUCAGUUCAGACAAACCUGCAUAUUAUGGAGCUCGUCACAGAGAAGACUUUAAUAACCCUACAAUACUGAAAGUAUGUAAAGAGAUAAAAAGGUAGUUUUAUGCCUGUGUAAUGUAUUUUAUUCUUACUAUCUGAAGAAUAAAAUUGUAUUAUAAUUUGGA